UAUUAUCACAACAUUACAUGCUUGCAAAAAAAGGAGAUAUGAGAUAUUGAGAAUUGAGAGGCAGAUCAGAAAAGAUUGUAAGCGAAUUCGCGUUUCCCACCGAGUCAUUGAAGAGAACAGACGGUCCUGAAUGAUUAGUGAAUCCGGUGAUUGCCCUCACGAAGCCUGCUGCCCGUCGACACCUGAAAGCUGAGGCAUUGAAAUUUUGAAAGCGAGGAGGAAAAAUGCCCAACAUCGCCAAGUGCAGCGUCUUCGUGGGCGGAACCACCCUGGUCACCCUGGGCGGCUUCAUGUUGGUCCUCUGGCCCUCGAUUCACGACCUCGUGUUGAAAAACGAGCUGACUUUGACGCCUUCUUCGAUCCAGUACAAUGUGUGGGAAGAAACGCCAAUCCCAAUUUACAUGACCUUCUACUUGUUCAACUGGACCAACCCUGAGGAAAUCCUGAACAAAAACGUCAAACCAAGGUUCACGGAGCACGGUCCAUACGUUUUUAGGGAGCACCACAAGAGGGUGAACAUUUCGUGGAAGGACAACAACGACACUGUCGAGUUCCACCAAAUCCGAACUUACUUCUUCGAAGCAGAGAUGUCCAACGGGUCUCUUGACGACCUCAUCACCACUGUUGACCCUGUCGCCUUGUCUGCCGCAUAUGUGGUGCGGCAAAGUCCUGUGCUCUUGGACGGACUGAAUCUUGUGAUGCGGGUCGCGAAGACUAAAAGAGAAAUCACCAAGAGGGUCGGCGAGUUCCUCUUUGAAGGGUACAAUGACACCCUUUUGAAUUUGGUCAACGACAUCCACAACCCGGCCUUCAACAUUCCCUUUGACAAGUUCGGAUGGUUUUAUGCCAGGAACAAUUCGUGGAAAUAUGACGGGAAAUUUGACAUGUAUACUGGAAAGGAUGACAUUUUCAAAGUUGGAGUUUUGACGGAGUGGAACGACAGCAAUAUGACAACAGACAAUUUCGGAACUUGCGCCAUGGUCAAUGGUACGACUGGUGAGCUGUGGCCGCCAAUCAGAGACACCGAUGACAAAGAUCUCUUCACUACGGAUUUGUGCAGACCUAUGAGGAUGGAGUAUUCAGGAAAAGUGACCAGACAGGGUAUCGAAGGCAACUACUACACCGUUGGCCAGAAAACUUUGGACAACGGCCAGAAUUUUCCCGAAAACAAAUGUUUUUGUGGCGGCCCAGACGAAGCUGAGAGUUGUUUGCCUGCCGGAGCCAUGAACGUCUCGAGGUGCAAGUUUGGAGCGCCUGCCUUUGUCUCUCUGCCUCACUUCUACAAAGCUGACCCCUACUACCUUGAAUCUAUAGACAUGCCUGCUCCCAGCGAGGACAAAGACCAGUGCUACAUCGUCAUAGAACCGACCUCGGGAAUUCCAAUGGAUGUAGAGGCCAGACUGCAAGUCAAUCUACUCAUGCAGCCUUAUAAAGAGAUCAAAAUUUUCAAGGAUGUGCCCAGGUUGCUCAUUCCAAUGUUCCACUUCAACCAAAACGCAAGACUGACUCCGCACCUCGCAACCUUGCUUAGUAUUGCGCUGGACCUGAAAUUUAUCGGGUACAUUGUUGCGGUGGUUCUCAUGCUGAUCGGACUGGCCAUUUUCACCACUGGCAUUUACAUGACCAUUUGGGGGCGCUGGGGAAAAGUGCCCAAACCCGCAGAUCGAGUCAAUUUGAUUGUCGAGGAAAAUGAUUCUGCCUCCGAAUCCAACCCGAGCAGCUGAGAGUCGAAACUGCCCUUUUUUGCCAUUGUUGUGAUACCAUAAUUGAGAAUAUCUUUUAUUGCUAAAAAAUUUAUUUUCAUCCAAAUCUGACAUGCUAGUUAGUGGACAUUUUAUCACGAAAAAAGACAAAAAAAGCAGCUGACGAUCAUCCCGCAUUGUAGCCACAGACAGACAUCAUUGCCUUCAAACUAGUCUGUGAUAUAUACGUAAAAGCUUGUUUAUUCAAUUUUAUAUAAUAUAAUGUUCAUUAAAGUAUUUUCGCUAGUUUUUAAAUAAAUUUUACAUAUUUAGAGGAAAAUAAAAGCUUUAAAUACGGUUGUACAACUUUUCUCUACUUUCAAAUAAUUUAAAAAGGGUGGAAAUAAUAAAAAUUCUUUAGUUACGAA